GCGUCUUUCUUUGCUGACUGUGGUCGAGUUUCUUCUUUACUAAACGGUUGUUUUCCUUUCACUGCAGGAUGUGGUGUGGCCAGGGCGUCGAAUAUUUGUAACAUAGUAUUUUAUCCUACUGUCUUAAAUUGUCACCCAUUGCCCGAAAUGUCUUGUGUCACAGGAUUCAUUCAGUGUUAUGUUCUUAAACCUGAAAGUUUGGCGCUUUGCUUGUUUACUGUGGCGCUGUACCUGUUUUCACAGUCGCUACAUGUGUGGUACAAAUCUGUUAUACACCGAUUUCAUUAUUCGAGCAGCCUUACUGAAGGGUUGGGUUUAUUUUCAAUGCCAUCAGGUAAGCAUGACUUUCGAUCAUGGGAACGGAAGGAAGAGAACGUCAGUAUAUAUGCACUUCAAGGAAGGAGACCCCAGAUGGAAGAUCGUUUCGGUUUAAUAAUUGACGAAACACAUGACGUUGCCCUUUAUGGUAUAUUUGACGGGCAUGGAGGUGAGUUUGCAGCAAAAUAUGCUGAACAUAAUAUCUUCAACAAUCUCUUUCAAAAAGUUCAAGAUAUUUUAAAGACAGGAGAGAUGACAGGAGCUGGAGAAGAUCAAUUUCGAGAAGAUCUACUGCAUCAUUCCUCCAAAACAGAUGCUUUAAUCCAGCUAUUAACUGAAGAAAUCUUAGCAUUAGAUGAAGAACUGAUUACCGAGGCUGAAGCUUGUGGAGAUAUGGCAGGGACAACAGCUGUCCUUGCUCUGGUCCAUGACCAACAGUUGAUAGUUGCAAAUGUUGGAGACUCUCGAGGAGUUCUGUGUGACAACAAAAAUACGGCAAUACCAAUCACGUUUGACCACAAGCCUGAACAGUUUCAAGAACAUAAAAGAAUCAAGGAGGCUGGAGGAUUUAUCACAUUCAAUGGGGUUUGGAGAGUUGCAGGUAUCUUAGCAACAUCAAGAGCCUUAGGAGAUUACCCAUUGAAAGAUCAAAAAUUCAUUACAGCAGAACCGGAUGUGCUGACCUUUAACCUCAAGGAUAUUAAUGCAAAGUUUAUGAUACUGGCAACUGAUGGACUGUGGGAUACAUUUACAAAUGAAGAAGCUGUUUCCUUAAUUAUCAACAAUUUUGACGACCCUUAUUUUGGAGCCAAACAACUAGUAAUGCAAGCCUAUAUGCGUGGAUCAACCGAUAAUAUUACCGUUAUGGUAGUUAAUCUACAGGACCUUACGCUUCAAAAUGCAGAAGAAAUUCCUGAUGAAUAAUCCUUGAGUGAGAAGGAGAGUCACUGAUGACAUUGUUUAUCUGUAGAGAUAAAACAAUCUUUACAAAAUAGAUAAAAUAUCCAGUUUUCUAUGCAUAAUUUUCUGUAAAUAAUCAUGGAUUGAUUUACUGUGUCUAAAACCGAGAAGAAAAAAAAUGUUAUAUUAAGUUUCUGAUCGUUUCAACUGUUCCCUAAGUUACAUACAUAUGUAAAUUUAUAAUUUGUUUUUACGUACAUCAGUAAUUUUAAAAUUUGUUUCACUACAACUAGAUGCUUUUAAAAGCCCUACGAUGCACUUCUAAUAUCUUGAAUACUAUAGAAUUUAAAAACUUGUUGCUCAUCUCUGGAAAUUUUUGAUACAGUUAACAUUUUAUCUGAUAGUGUUCUGUAGCAUUUUAAAAGAAGAAAACGAGUUUAUUUUUUCUCUUUUCAGAAUUUAAUUUGCAUACAGUUUCCAUGUAUCGAUUAAAGCACAAAUUUAUACUAAUAUCAGACUCAAAAUAAAAGCCUAAAUAUGUCACA